AUGUGGUCCCUUUGUAAAAUCGCCUUUUCCAUCCAAGUCGCCCUUGGCACUGUGUCAGCUGCAUUGAUACCUGCAACCAGAUUCAACCAGGACGCGGUUUGGCCCCAGCGUCAGGCGCCUGUCGAGGACCAGCUUUUCCUGUCGCCAACAACCCAGUUCACCAAAGUCCAGCAGAACGACAGCCUUUGCGAUGCCCGCAGUCGGCAGUGGACGGGCAAAGUUCCAGUGACUAAUGGAAAUAGCCUCUUCUACUGGUACUUUGAAAGCCAGAGAUAUCCGGAACGAGCACCGACUAUUCUCUAUUUAACAGGAGGCCCUGCUGAAGCCUCAGCCCAGCCCAUGCUCACUGGUGUAGGCCCCUGCCUCAUCAACAAGCACGGCAACGACACAACAUUCAACCCCUUCUCCUGGACUCGGUACUACAAUGUAAUUUUUGUCGAUGAAGUUGCGGGUAGCGGCUUUUCCAAGACCCCUGAAGGUGUGGAUUUUCAGCCGACAACUGCUCACGAGGUCGCUUCAGACGUCAAGGUCUUUCUCCACAAGUUUUCUACAGAGAUAUUUCCUGAACUCGGCAAUCGUGCAGCCGUGCCGCAAUGCGAGACCGAGGUACUUCAGUGCCGCCUUGCCGAGACCAAGGAGAGCUGUGACAAGGCAAUGGAGGCUUGUGGUCCUAUUAUGGCGGCUUGGUACCCUCCAAAGCAUAAUCUCGUCAAUAUCAGUGGUCGGUACGAUCCGGACACGUGA